AUGCCUCCCAAACGCAAAGCGGCCGACACUGGUCGGUCUAGCGGUGCUUCGAAGCGGGCUACGCCAGUUCCCGACAUCGAAAUUUCCAGCGGCGAUGAAUACUCGGACCAAGAAGAGUUGCCAGAGGAAUCCAACUUGAAAGCGGUCGUCAAUAAGUUCUCUCUCGAAGCAUUCAGCAAGAGGAACCAAGUGGAGAAGACGGACCCUAGAUUUGGAUACAAAGAUCUUUCCUCGCUCCCGCUGAAGCGCGACCACUACAACCGGCCGUUAUGGAUCGAGCCUUUGAAGGGCACAAUCACCCUCGAGAGUUUCUCCCCGCUGGCACCCCAGGCCCAAGAUUUUCUGACGACUAUUGCGGAACCGCUCUCUCGUCCGACCCAUCUCCACGAAUAUCGUUUGACCGGACACAGUUUAUAUGCUGCGGUCUCGGUCGGUCUCAAACCGCAGGAUAUUGUUGAGUUCUUGGACCGUUUGUCGAAAACACCGCUGCCCGAAAGCAUUCGGACGUUCAUCAUCGAGUUCACCAAGUCCUACGGAAAAAUCAAGAUGGUGUUGAGGCAUAAUCGAUACUACGUGGAAACGACAGAUCCUGAAAUGCUCCAGCGGUUGUUAAAAGAUGAAGUGAUUGGCCCCCAGAGAAUGGAUAAUACCGAAGGAAUUAUCGAACGGGCUGCUCCGAAAAUGGGCGGUCUUGUCAUUCCUGGGACGAAAGAUGCAGCUGGUGUACGGGAGACCACUCAACAGGAGGCCGCCGCCGCCGCGGAUAGACAUGAGACCGAAGAAGGAGGGGCCGUGAACUAUGGCAUUGACGACAUUGGCGAGGAUGAGACCGAAGAAGCAAUCACGUACAGUUUCGAAAUCCCUGCUGCUGGUGUCGAAGUGGUCAAGGCCCGUUGCCAAUCGAUCGGAUGUCCUGCCCUGGAAGAGUACGACUUCCAAGGAGACACAGUCAAUCCAAAUCUAGACAUGGAUUUGAAACCCGCGGCGCGGAUUCGGUCCUACCAGGAGAAGAGCUUAAGUAAAAUGUUCGGUAACGGACGAGCCAAGAGUGGUAUCAUUGUGCUUCCUUGUGGUGCUGGUAAGACCCUUGUGGGUAUCACUGCCGCGGCGACCAUCAAGAAAGGCACUAUCGUCCUCUGCACCAGUUCCAUGUCUGUGGUUCAGUGGCGGAACGAGUUCUUGCGGUGGACAACCAUCGACCCGGGUGAUAUCGCCAUCUUCACGUCGGACCACAAAGAAAAAUUCAAGCGGUCAACUGGUAUUAUUGUCUCCACAUACUCAAUGGUGUCACAGACCCGUGCCCGGUCCUAUGAUGCCCAGAAGAUGAUGGACUGGCUUCAAUCGAGAGAAUGGGGUAUGAUGAUUCUUGACGAGGUGCACGUCGUGCCGGCAUCGAUGUUCCGAAAGGUCACAUCUGCAAUCGCCGCACAGAGCAAGCUUGGUCUCACUGCAACAUUGCUACGUGAGGACGACAAGAUCAAAGAUUUGAACUUCUUGAUCGGACCGAAGCUCUACGAAGCGAACUGGAUGGAACUGGCUGCACAGGGCCACAUCGCCAAGGUCCAAUGUGCCGAGGUGUGGUGCCCGAUGACGACCGAGUUCUAUUCUGAGUAUCUACGGGAAAGCUCCAGGAAACAAGCUCUACUAUACAUCAUGAACCCUCGCAAGUUCCAAGCGUGUCAGUUCCUGAUCGAUUUCCACGAGAAGCGCGGUGAUAAGAUCAUCGUGUUCUCUGACAAUGUCUACGCUCUCGAGCGAUAUGCGCUCAAACUGAACAAGGCUUAUAUCUACGGCGGUACUCCUCAAAAUGAGCGCAUGCGUAUUCUGGAAAAUUUCCAACACAACGAGCAGGUUAACACUAUCUUCCUGUCCAAGAUUGGUGACACCUCGCUUGAUCUGCCCGAGGCCACCUGUCUGAUCCAGAUCUCGUCUCACUACGGUUCCCGUCGUCAGGAGGCUCAGCGUCUGGGAAGAAUUCUGAGAGCCAAACGCCGAAAUGACGAGGGCUUCAAUGCUUUCUUCUACUCGCUCGUGUCCAAGGACACUAAUGAGAUGGUCUACUCGGCCAAACGCCAGGCAUUCCUGAUCGACCAGGGUUAUGCUUUCAAGGUCAUCACUCAUCUCCAAGGCAUAGACAAUUAUGAAGGACUCUCGUACGCGACACCAGCGGAACGCCGCGAGCUUCUGCAAGAAGUCAUGCUGCAAAAUGAGUCAUCCGCCGACGUCGAACAGGUUAAUGAUGAUCUAUUCUCAAUGCGCUCCGGCAAGCGAGUGACAGCCAAGAAAGCCGGUGCUAAACGCAGUGCUGCCACUCUUAGUGGUCUGGCUGGUGGUGAUGAUAUGGCCUAUAUCGAGUACAACAAGAGCAGGAACAAGCAGCUCAAGGAUAAGGCUGGGCACCACCCGCUGUUCAAGAAGAUGGAACGAGACCGACAACGCCGCAAGAAGGAGAGGGAGAUGGAGGGCUGA